AUGUCAACUGUGAACUUGAAUCCUCUGCCUAGCAGCCUCCACCUUCCCGACUCCGGCAGCACCGUCGGGCCAUCACCUUUCACUGCGCCAAACGCUUUCUCGGGCGACUUUCUGGAUUUGCCAAUUACAGAAGACGAGCCACAAUUCUGGGGUCUGAGUCCUAUCUCACCAACAAUGGGGAUGGGAGGCUGGGACGCCAAAGCAGACGCCGCGGCCUUUGCCAACUCGACGCUGGAACGAGAUCUCAAGAACGCCCAGGUCCGCAAUGGCCAACCCACGCCGCCGCCCUACGAUGAUCAUCAUACCCGCGAGUCAUCCAGCCCGGAACUCGAGAGUGCCAGCACACGCCGCCGGCUGCGGGAGUCCAAAGUUGUAGCGGACAGUCUGAGCCCGGAUCUGGAUGACAGCCCCCCUCAAGAGCGGGCUAAACGGGCCAAGUUCCUGGAGCGCAACCGACUGGCGGCGAGCAAAUGCCGACAGAAAAAGAAGGAACAUACACAGAAGCUGGAGUAUCGCUACAAGGAACAGUCGGAGAAGAAGGAGCGGCUUCAGGGAGAGAUAGCUAGCCUGCGCUCGCAGAUCCUGAGCCUCAAGAACGAGGUGCUGAAACAUGCUCAGUGCGGUGACGAGCCCAUCAAGCUUCACCUCGCGCAGAUGGUGAAGAAGAUCACCGACAUCGACGGCCCGGCCCCAGCUCCAGUGGACCCACCGAUCAAUAUCGUUGAGCACGUACCCGUGUCGCCGCCUCAAGCUCCUACACCUACGCCUACCAAGCCUACGGUCACGGGCCAGACAACCUCAACUUCGACUCUUUCUUUCGGAUUCGAUGAUCCGCUGCAGUUGGAACCGGCCGCCGUAGCCGCAGCAGAGGCCUUUGAGCAGCAGCUUCGCCGCGAUUCAGAGGCAUCGCUUGUUACCGAGUCCUCCUACACCUUUUUGGCAGACGACACCUUUGACGACCUGAUCAACGUUUAA